AUGGCGCAGUGUGCGGUUGUCUUCCGGCCCCUACCGCGCCUCAAGUGGCGUCUUUGGGCCCCAUUCAUUGCCUCUCUCUCAUGCCAGUUCGUACUCUUCAUUGUACACGCCGCUGUGCAAGACGCUAUCGCAGCAGCAGUCGGCUUUUUCUCGUUCGCCCUGGGUCUUUCAUGCCUCAUUCGGCGUCGCCUGGCCAUUCUCGUUGUGAAUACUGCGGCACAGGUCCUCCUGUUUUUAGUGCUUGUCGUCUGCACGGUGGCAGGGGCUGUGGCUACGAAAGUAUGGCACGAAGACUGGGGUCACGUGGCUUUGUUCGCCGUCCAAUUUAUUACUUUCGCGUGUAGCAUUGCAAUCUCCGCCACCCUGACUUACUUCACCAGACGCGACGCUCGUACUCUCCCUGUCGCAGCGUCGGCGCGGAAGUCGUCGCUGGAGCUGCGUGAGCACGACAUCCUUCGUACUUCGUCUCGUCACAGCCUUGCGUCGAACAGCGGCGAGAGAGGAUUUCUCUCGAGCCUGCGAGGCCUCCUCUCCUCUACGAAAUCUUCUAUUUGUGGCAGCCAGCACUUUUCCGAGGGGUGUGGGCGAUCAGAUUCGUGUAUCAGCACGUCGCGGACUACAGCCAGCACUCGAAGCACUGUUUCAGCAGGCGGAGACUGCGUCUACGAGAAGAGCCGAUGCGAUGGCUGCAGCCCCCCAGCAGUCGCGGAGCGACGGGGCAAAUGGCCUUCAGCCCAGGGCUCCGAAGUAGACGCAGACGGUUUGUACCAUGGGGUUUUCGGCGACUUCGCCGGAACCCCUAGCCUGCCUGUGUCAUGCCAAACGCCGUCUUCCACCGAAUCCCACCCUGACGCCACUUGCAUGCAAGCUUGCGCCCUCUCGUCCUUGGCGCCAUGUCUAAGCGCGUCCGCGCUAUCGGGAGCGGACCUGCCAUCGUCAGACGCGCAAGGCGACGAUGGCCGUGACCUCCACCGCGCGUCGGGCGAGAGUAUCGUAGUCUUCAGCGCAACCGACGACAAAGGUAAUCUCGUGGUCCGCACCACGAGCGUCUCACCGGUUUCGUCACCAAAACACUCCUCGGGCGAAUCCGCCUUUCUGGAGCACCUGCCGUCUUCUGCUGCCGAAGCUUGGACAGACGCUGAGGGCGCCGCGCCUUCUCAAGCCGCAAGCGCUCCGGCACACGGCUCGACGCGGUUCCGCGUCGGUCCCUACCUGUGCGAGGACUACACAAGCCGAGGCUGUGGCGACGGCGAGCUGCCUGCGACGUUUGCAGUGGAGUUGGCUGAAGCUGAGUCCUGCGCGACAAACGACCGCCGCCUCCGACGGCCAGACCCAUCCGCAGACCAAGGGGACCCUCCGCCGGCUGCCAUGCAAGACGCGUUUUCUCCACUCAAAUGCGCGUGGAAAACCCUCAAACUGAGGUCCCAGAAAUCCAUGGAACACGCUCUCACUUUUCUCGGACGCGGCGCCAAAACACCUGCGACUCAAGUCUGCAGCUGCGCCCACGUUUCCUCGUCUGCAAGCAACCGUCGCAAUGAACCAGCCGGAGCCCGAGAAGAGUAUCCCGUAUGCGAACGUGUCACCUGCAGCGCUCCACAGGAGCAGGAACCACCCAGCCGUGGACGAGCGGUGGGAGCAACCGGCACUGCGCUGAGACCGGGAGGCAUCCUGGCCAAAGCUCGGGCGCACCGCACGACGAUUCAGGCCUCUUCAGACUCCUCCGCGACUGCUGCGGAAAGCCCUUCAGCCAAGUGUGAAGCCAACAAACCUUGUCGCACUAGAACAGAGCAGAGCACGGGAGAUUUUUCCAGUGAGUGGGUGAGGGACGUGGCGCUUCGCAGCGGCAUAUGUGUUCCCGAACGGCUUCCAGCGCAGCUGGCUCAGGGUGAAUUGGCCAUGCAUACGUUGACUUCGACGUCUUCUUCUGAAGACGACGAAGACCUCGACGCUGCGCCGGCGGAGGAUGACGAUGCGCUAGGGAGACACGGACGUGCAUAUGCUGCGUCGGGUUGCAGCAGCAAACACGCACCGUGCAUUGUUGGGAGGUGCUACGGUGAAGACCGGAAACGCGCUCUGCGCUGUGGACCAGUGCGAAACUCAGCAGUUGUCGAGCGUCGCAGAAGCUUCUCGACGUGCCGCCUGAGUGGCUUUCAAGAGAGGCCAGCGCAAGUGAGAAAGACAAUUUCAAGCACCGCAGAGGUGCGACCAGCUGCAGCUGCGGCAGCAGCUGAGAAGGAACGCUUCAACGAACCGCAAAUGUUCAUGCGGUACUACUAUGCUAUGUCUGCAAGCAAUGGGAUCUUCCCCGAGCUGCGACCUGACGAAGAGGUGGACCAGGAUGUUGGAACUGACCAAUAUCCUGUUGUCAAAACUUCGGCCUGA